AGCAGUUGAUCAUAAGACACACUCGUAUGUUGAUCGACUCGAUUAACUGCAAUUCUAACUGGUUGGUGGUAUAGUGUGAACAUAAAGGUGAUACAGGCUUUUGUUUUAGAACUUCAUCAACCACGAAGGGAAGAUGGAGGUGAAAACCAAAGAUACUAUUCUAGUGCCUCCAGAUGGUGGUUGGGGAUGGGUGAUCCUCGCUUCCGCUGUUGUGGUCAACGUUUUGAUACCAGGGACCGUUAAAUCCUUCGGGGUACUUUUUGUCGAGUUCCUGGAGGUUUUUAAAGCCUCACCUACUGCGGCUUCCUGGAUGCCAGCUUUAUGUUAUUUCCUGUAUAGUUCUUUGGGACCCUUAUCCAGCGUUCUGUCUAUGAAAUACUCAUACAAAACUGUGACUAUGAUUGGAGGAUUCUUCGCAGCGACAGGAAUGAUGGUUAGCUAUUUUGCUAAUUCGGUCCCUUAUCUUUAUGUUAGUUACGGCAUCAUGGUAGGCAUCGGGGCAGGAUUAACUUGUCCAGUCAGUGUUUACAUAGUCACGGAAUAUUUUGAAAAGUAUCGAGGAUUUGCAAAUGGUAUGUGCAUUUCUGGAAGCUGUUUCGGAGCCAUGCUUUUACCGCCACUUUUACAGUAUCUUCUUGACACAGUCGGAUAUAGGGGCGCAGUUCUCAUCAUGGGAGCAAUUACACUUAACAGCAUACUGUGUGGGAUGCUCUACCAUCCGGUGGAGCGACAUAUGAAAAGAGUUCCUCUGACGAUAGAAAAAUCUGGAAUUGACAACAAAGCCUUAACACUUGACGAAUCAAAAACUACCACACAAUCAGUUCUUCAAUCGGAAAAGUCGAUUCUUCAAAACGAGAAACCAGUUGUCCAGUCUGACCAAACAACUCUUCAAUCCGACGAAACAAAUCUUGAAUUUGACAAACCGAUUCUUCAAACCGACCAACCAAUUCUCCAUUUUACCCCAUCAAAAUCCAUACCUCUAGAACGAUACCGAAAAUUUUCUUCACCCGACUACCCUCUUUUCGAGAAGAUAUCCACUCCCGAUGACCGCAUCGAAGAUGCUACAGAAGAAAGAGGAAAUAAACCAAAGAUGAACGACAAGUGUUCUGAAGACUCUGACGAGCCUUCUGGCGAUUCCUUACCCAUCCAUGAAAAAUCCACUAGUCAAAUUAAAACCCAGGAUUUCUUCACUGCAAACUCCACCGAAAAAUACUCUCUUCCACUAAACGAGAACCCAUCAACGCAAAGAUCAACCCUUCCAAGGAUAUUCCGAAGACUAUGCACAAAUCAGCUUUCCAAAAAAAGUUGGUGUGCAGCCCCUGUUUGCAAAAUUGACUCUUUAUCAAACGAUCUCAAAACCGAUCCAGAAAAGCAGGAAGAAAUAGUCAAGAAGAAGAAAUUCUUCGACCUCAGUAUCCUCAAGGAUCCCAUCUACCUCGUAAUUUUGACCUCAAACGCCACAUCUGCCAUCAGCAAUACCAAUUUCAUGAUUCUUCUUCCAUCCUAUGCGAUUGCUGAAGGUUUUGAUAAAAAUUCCGCAGCCCUUUUGCUAUCAAUAGUUUCCGCUCUAGAUCUGAUUGGUCGAAUUGGAGGAGCUUCACUCUCAGAUAUUGAUUUUAUACCAAAGUAUUACUACUUUGUAGGAGGACUUGGAAUGAGUGGAAUUGCACUAGCUCUUCUUCCAAUGGCUACAAGUUAUAGGAUGUUAUCAUUUUUUUGUGGACUUUUUGGAAUUUCUUCAGGAACCUAUAUUGGCAUCACAACUGUUGUUUUAGCCGACAUGUUGGGUGCGGAGAGAUUAAGUUCCUCCUAUGGAAUUGCAUUGUUUGUUAAUGGGGUUCUUCAACUUUUGGGACCGCCUAUCAUUGGGGUUAUUUACGAAGAAAUUGGAUCUUACAAACCAAUAUUCCUCGCUCUAGGAAUUAUUCUUAUUCUUGGGACUUCCCUCUGGGCGAUUGUUCCAGUUGUCAAGAGAAGAAAACAGAAGGAACUCGAGGCCAAUUAAUUUAGAGAAUUGACUUAUUUUAUAUGAGAAUUACAAUCAGUUGCAACAGAGAUUCUUAAAGUAUUUUUCCAAAGGUAUAUCAUUUUUACAGAUCCUCUAAGAAAUAAUUUACGAAUUAUCUGGUGACAAAUUCAGAUAUAUUGAAGGAGAUGAUGAAAUAUGUUAGUUACACUAUUUCUUUAAAUAUUCUGAAAGUAUUUACAAGAAUUCUGAACGCAUUGAAACGUGUGAGAUUAAUUUUUUAUCCUCUAGAGAAAGAUUUCCAUUUUAUAGGUAUGAAGAAUAUAUUAUCUGGAUGUGUGUAGAUUAAAUAAUAUAGUGAACUUGGACAAUUUUUAAAUAUUCAGAUGAAGUCCAUUUGUAAUGGGUCGAUACCUGAAUUGACGCAGAAUAUUUUUUAGAUUCUGUCUUUAGAAAGAGGAACUCUUUUUAUCAAGAUGUACCUGCCGAAUUUUGUUCGGAAAUGAAUUGUAAACAAUUUGAAAAUUACUUUUCAGACUGAGAAUUCAAUUUCUUAAAGAACUAUUUUUACUCGACUAUUGUAAAAAUAUAAAGUAGGUUUAAAUGACCAUUCAGUAGGUUUCCAAUUAUCAUUUAGAUUUAUUAAUUACCAUUAUCUUAAGUUAUCAUGCAUUGAUAAAAAUCGAGGCAUAUUGUUAAUUAAAUAUUUAAAUAUCUCCGCUCUAUUUUUAUUAAGAUUUGUAAUCGAAAUUAAGUGACUAUCUUGCAAAUAUUUUUUGCAAUGUGAAUUACAAUUUUUUUUAU